UUUUGUGAUUAUAUAAUGGCUGACGAUGAUGAUCUUGCUCUUGAUCUUAAAAAGAAGAAAAAAUCUAAAAAGAAAAUUGUCUUGGACGAUGAUGAAAUCUCUUCUCAGCAAAAUGUUGAGCGUCCUGUGACUCCGACAGAUGUGGAGAAAGAAGAGCGGCCGGUUGAAGAAGAAUUGACUCUUGGCCCUAAAAAGAAAUCUAAAAAGAAAAAGGAAGAAUUGGAAUUAUUGGCGGACGAGGAGAGAGGAGAAAGCGAGAAACUUUCUGUUAGUGUUGCAGAAGGAGUAGGACGAAUAAAUUUGGUAGAUGCUAAAGAUCCUGAGAAAUGGACAGAUUAUACUUAUGACCAGUUAAUUGAUAUGGUUUUUAAUAUUAUGCGAGAGAAGAAUCCAGAAGUUAUUUCUGGGAAAAAGAAGACAUUUAUAAUGAAGCCUCCACAAGUUCAACGUGCGGGAACUAAGAAAACAGCGUUCACCAAUUUUUCAGAAAUUUGUCGUUUGCUCAAACGUGAACCAAAACACGUUUUGCAAUUUUUGAUGGCUGAGCUUGGAACGACUGGUUCUAUUGACGGAAAUCAAUGUCUAAUUGUUAAAGGACGCUUUCAACAAAAACAUUUUGAAAAUGUUCUCAGAGUUUAUAUAAGGGAUUAUGUGACGUGCCAUACAUGCCGUUCCUCUGACACUCUUCUAACAAAAGAUAUUUCCCGUCUUUUCUUUAUUCAAUGCAAAACUUGUGGAAGUCGUUGUUCUGUCUCUAGCAUUAAAUCUGGAUUUACUGCGAUGGUUGGAAAACGAGCUGCAGCGAGACGGGCUGCUGAGGCUAUUGCGGGGAAGUGA